CACUUAUAUUCAAGUUCACGUUACAGUUAUUUCCCUUCUGCACCCAGGUCCCCAGCCCGACUCCUGACAGACCCGUAUCAGUCCCAGUCAACGACAGCACAUUAAAAAUGUCCGAGAAGCUUCCGUUCAAAGUUGCUGAUAUCAGCUUGGCCGAAUGGGGACGCAAAUCCAUCGAAAUAGCCGAGAAUGAGAUGCCCGGUCUGAUGAAAAUGAGGGAGCUUUACAGCCAGUCCAAACCCCUGAAAGGCGCACGGAUCGCGGGCUGCCUUCACAUGACCCUUCAGACCGCCGUGCUCAUUGAAACCCUUAUUGCCCUGGGAGCUGAGGUCCAGUGGUCCAGCUGUAACAUAUUCUCCACCCAGGAUCACGCAGCGUCUGCCAUUGCGAAAGCCGGCAUUCCAGUGUAUGCCUGGAAGGGAGAAACUGAUGAGGAAUAUGUGUGGUGUAUUGAACAGACCAUCUACUUCAAAGACGGUCAGCCCCUUAACAUGAUCCUCGAUGAUGGUGGUGAUCUGACCAAUCUGGUGCACCAGAAAUAUCCCAAACUGCUUGCAGGAAUCAAGGGCGUCUCUGAGGAGACCACGACAGGAGUUCACAACCUCUACAAGAUGUUGAAGAAAGGAGAACUCAAAGUUCCAGCCAUCAAUGUCAACGACUCUGUUACCAAGAGUAAGUUUGACAACUUGUACGGCUGCCGCGAGUCUUUGAUUGACGGCAUCAAGAGAGCCACGGAUGUGAUGAUCGCGGGGAAGGUGGCGGUGGUCGCGGGCUACGGCGAUGUCGGUAAAGGGUGCGUUCAGGCUCUUCGGGGAUUUGGCGCCCGUGUCAUCGUCACUGAGAUCGAUCCCAUCAACGCUCUUCAGGCGGCCAUGGAGGGCUAUGAGGUGACCACCAUGGAUGAGGCCUGCAAGGAGGGCAACAUCUUUGUGACAACCACUGGCUGUGAGGACAUUCUCCUUGGCAGACACUUUGAGCAAAUGAAGGAUGACUCCAUCGUCUGCAACAUUGGACACUUCGACUGCGAGAUCGAUGUGAAAUGGCUCAAUGACAACGCAGCCGAGAAGGUCAACAUUAAAGCUCAGGUCGAUCGUUACCGUAUGAAAAACGGCCGUCACAUUAUUGUUCUGGCUGAGGGACGUCUGGUGAACCUGGGCUGUGCCAUGGGCCAUCCGAGCUUCGUAAUGAGCAACUCGUUCACCAAUCAGGUCCUUGCCCAGAUUGAGCUGUGGACCAACACCAGCAAAUACCCACUGGGUGUCUACUUCCUGCCUAAGAAGCUGGACGAACAGGUCGCCGCGGCCCACUUGGACAAACUCGGCGUCAAGCUGACCAAACUCACAGAGAAGCAAGCCAAAUACCUGGGUCUGCCGCACGAGGGUCCCUUCAAACCUGACCACUAUCGCUACUGAGUAGCUUUGACCAAUCACGGCUUUAUCUGCGGGUGGGGAAGAGACCACACAAUCGCUCCUGUACCAAAUCACGACAAUUGUGCCAGUUACCAGUGCGGCUACAAUAGUGCUUUAAUUGUGUCUCUCGCUCUCACUGUGAGCCUCUGUGAGUUUGCAAACGCCAUUUCUUUCCUCAGCGAUAUCAAAAGUGCAGCCCUGAACAUACGGUGUUGUUUGCAUUCCCUGUUUUACUAAACGGUUAAUAAAAAAGCUAAAUCCUGCCGCUAGGCAUGUCAUUAAGUAACAUCAUUAUACGCAGAGCUUGUUACCCUGAACAACAAAUUCACAUGCUGGGUCCUUUUUUCAGAAGCGAUUCCAGUAACUCUAUGAACGGAGACGCUCUUUUGGUCAUGCAUACUUUUGUAAACCCGCUAAAAGAUGGAAAACAGUGUAGUUGUUUCACUAUUAGCAAGCUGUGUGAUUGAGCGGGUCUGGGUCUUUAUUCUUGUUACAUCUCCUCACGUAAGACCUGGUGAAAUAAAUGUGGUACUUCAUUUCA